GGGGGCGCGCUUACGUUACUGGGGCAGCUACUGCUGUCACGCAAACUGUGACGAGGGACGCGGGUUGAAACAGAUCCGCGAAAACUGAACAGACCGAACGGACACCGGAAGCAACGGGACCGUGGGGCUGGGGCCAUGGGUCAGGAGUUUCACGUCGUCUGGUGUUUCCGCUGUCAGAGCUUCCAGGUGCAACAGGUGAAGAAAGCGAGAAAGUGGAGCUGUAAACUGUGUGGAGAGAAACAGUCAUUGCUGAAGGAGUUUGGGCGGGGCAAUGCGGCAGACUGCAGACGUCACGUUCAGAAACUAAACACCAUGAGAGGAGCCAUGAUGGAGGAGCAAGAGCGAUGCACUUGGUCACUAUGGGAGCAGGAGCAGCAGGAGGCGCAGCAGGAGGACGAGCAGCAGACAGACGAACCGGUGAGCCGCUGGAGCAAAUACUUGGACACACCUGAGGAGGUGGAGCAAGACGAUGAGGCAGAGCCUGAGGAGAAGGAUUUAGGAAAUCGAAGGCAGCUCCAUGGCAUCAAGAUGACUGACAGGAAGAGGAAGCGAGCCGAGGAAGCAGGAGCAGAGGAUGUCCACACAUCUGAACAGCUAAACUGUAUGAAACUCCAAACACCUUCAACCAUGAACACCUGUAGCCCCACCCUCUCCACCACCAGGUGGGCUCAUUUCCUCAGCCCUGACUCAAAGGUGCAGGAGGGGGAGAAGCCUACAGUUCAUGAGUGUAGUCAGUCUUUAAGCGGUGUCGCUGCUCCCUCCUGCGCUGGAAUAAUCAGCAGGCCCCGCCCUCUUCUUCCUGUUACCUCCAUGUUUGACAGCGGCGAGGACUUUAACUUUGACGACGACUUCCUUGUUAAACGUCGCCCGGAGUGACCGUGCAUUUGUUUGUUUCUAAAGAGGAGACUCUGACAGACUGUGCUUUUCUUCAUGCUUUUAUUGCUCACACAGAAACGUUUAUAGGAUGAUCAAUAAAGAGAACAGAAACAUUGA